AUGAAUUCAAUUGGGUUUCUAAAGCUGUCCGAGCUCGCUUUCAUCCCGUAUAGACACACAAACAAAGCAGCAGGCUUAGACCUAAGAUCACCAAUUAGGGUUACUAUUCCUGCAAAUGGGAGAGCUUGUGUGUUGUUAGAUCUAGCAGUUACACUCCCUGCCAAUUGUUAUGGCAGAAUUGCACCGAGAUCUGGUCUCGCGUUAAAAGAAUGUAUUGAUGUGGCAGGCGGAGUGAUUGAUGCGGAUUUCGCUGAGCCUGAGGUUAGCUUGAUUGAAGAUGAUGAUAAUGAUAAACCUUCAGUUCCAAAAAGAACCCAUGAGCCCAGUGUUAAGGUUUCCCUUAAGAGGAAAAGAAAUCGUUCACCAUCUCCAUCUGAGUCAUCUGAAGCAUCAUCGGGUGAUGAACAUUCCGAGGCUUCUGAUUCUGGAUCCGAAUCAGAUAACUCAGACAAGUUUGAUAGGUUGUUUGUUGUAAAGUCCACAAAAAAAUCCUCUAACAUUAGACAAACAUUUCAAACUCAAAAGAAAAGAUUGAGGAAGAAACUUAUUACACCCGGUGAGGAGGGUCGUUACAUGAUUAAAAUAGAGCUAACCGACACUAAAGAUCUUAAGAAAUGUCCAACAAGCAAGUUUUGGACUAAAGUAUCAACUAAAGCUGUUUUUUUGACAGAGCCAAAAACUCACAUUUUCAAAAAGAUUAGGAAUGUUUUGUAUGAUGUAGGAAGAGCAAUAAAAGAAACGCCUGGAGUAGAGUGUGAGGAGGUUAAGCUGGAUAGGAAAACUAAUUAA